AUGUCAGCAACGACGCCUCGCAAGCCUGGAAUUCCCGGCAAUUCCAGCAAAUCAUCGACCGCAGAUCCGCCCUCGACCAACGGUUCCACCACACGAGGACAUGCACGUUCGCCCAGCAACGCUACCAACGGCCUCAACCGUUCUCCCUCCCUUCGAGGUUCAACUCCCGUCUCCGCGCGCGCCGCUGCUAGAAAGCCCGGCCGUUCCAACCUGAGUAUGUCCAACGUCCCGCGCAUCUCGAACGACCCCUCCGAGGAGGAGGCGCGGGCCCAAAGUGCCUCCCUCAUCGAGGAGUUGCGAGAGCAGCUUCAGAAGGCCGAAACAGCCUCCGAGCAAUACCAGAAACAACUAGGUGUGCUACAGAUGCGCCUCGACGAAUCGGUCAGCGAACAAGGAAAGUUGGAGGAUCAAGCUCAUGAGCGAGACAACCGGAUUGAAACGCUCAGUGGUGAGAUCAGAGAACAGGCACGUCAAAUUCGUGACCUCGAGCAGAAUCAUGAAUUAGAACGCAAUGCCAUGCUGCAGGAGAAGGAACAACAGAACAGCCGAGAGGAGGAGUUGCAGGCGACCAUCCAUCGUUUGAAGGAAUCCGCCGCGCAGAAGGAUCGAAUCACCGCCGACGGUGACCGCCAUCAGGUCUCUAGAUCUUCCAGUUUCCGUAAUCGAGCUUCCCCCGAUCUGGAUGCCCAAUUUGCGCCAUCCUCACACCUUGAGCGCAGCCCCUCUCGCAACAACUCGAACCUCUUGCUCCAGAAAGAUAAGGUCAUCGAGUCCCUUCGUCUGGAGUUGGCCGAACAUCAGAUCAAACUGGUUGAGAUGGAGAAUGCAGGCGGUGGCCGGCAACGCGAAUUAGAGAAAGACUUGCUGGAGGCUCGUAUGGCCAAUGCCCGCCUCAUGGAAGACAAUGAAAGCUACCAGCUCCUUCUCAGCGAAAAGACACUUACUGGCGACUUCACUAAAGGUGACUUUAUGCAGCACAUCCAUCCCGAUAAGCAGUCCAGCAGUGGUCUAGGAUCCUUGGCGGAUGAGCUCGAGUCAGUGGAUGAAGCACCAGAGUCUGAUUCGACGGGAAAACCAGAUGGUGGUGAACUCAAGAGUCUCAGAGAUCAAAACAAGGCCUUGACGCUCUACAUCGAACGCAUCAUUAGCCGUGUUCUUCAACACGACGGAUUCGAACACGUUCUGGAUCGCAAUGAUGAUGAAGCUAGCGCAACCCAGUCCUCGGUUGGCAAUGAUAAGGACCUGCCUCCCACGCCUCCUGAGAAGGACGAUGCACCCAGUCAAACCCUCUUGCAGCGAGCCAAAUCUGUGGUUUCGGGCCCUGCCCGGCCCUCAACCCAGCCUCGAUCUCGUCCAACCAGCAUGAUGCCCCCUCCUCUGCCACAAAGCAUCGUCAACGAGAACCCAGAGACUGCCCCCAGCAUUCCGUUCAGAACUCAAUCUGUUCGGGCUAGCCACCGCCGUACCCGCUCGGAGCAAGUUGACCCUAAUGCCGCCUCCGUUGUUGGAGCGAUGUACCGUGGUCGUAACUCUGGAGGUGGGCCCAUGAGUCCAACUGGUAUGGGUCCAGGCUCGCGGCAAAGCAUGUUCUCUGGGGCAGCUAGUUACAUCUCUGGAGUGAGCCGGGCUCCUUCCAUGUCUAGUCAAACAGAUCGUGCCAACCGCAGCAGCUCUCCGAGUGUCACGAGUGACAUUCACGCUGACACCAGCUCUACUGGAGCUACCUCCAGCCCGCCCCGGUCAAGCAGCGGCAUGAACAACUAUACUGGAGCAGUGAUGACCCAGAACAAGUUGCGCCCCUUGCGACUUGUCAGUGACGCUGCUAAACUUGAAGAAGAAGAGGCUGCUCGGAAGAAGGCGAACCGCGCGAGCUGGAUUCCCGGCUGGUUCAACCGACCAGCCAGCGCUGACGAGUCCCAGCAGCCCCAGCAGCAAUCGUCUCCUCCGCCUGCUCCGACCUCCCAGCCUUCACAGCUCUAA